AUGAUCGUCGUUGAGCAUCAAGGGGGCGGCCGCUGUGCCCCUGGCCUAGCUUUUCUUCGUACCUGGACGCAACGUGAGUUGCCUGCCUGUAUAGAAUGCCUGGACCCUGCCAAUGCUUGCAGGCUGUGCUCCUGA